AGCAAUUGCAGUAAAGCGCUGAUUGCUGUGGAGCAUCAUGUCAAAUAUUACUGUUUGUGCACGCUUUAGGCCUCUGACAUCAAAGGAGAAGCAAAGCGGCGAUGAUUCUGUCUGCGUUCGGUGCAUAGAUGCUGAAACUUUCAUUUUCAAGGAUGAGAAGGAUGAAGAAUUAGAGUUUAGCUUUGAUAGAGUGUUCUAUGAGAAAUCCGAGCAAGCUGAUAUCUACCAGUUCCUAGCUCUUCCCAUAGUUAGAGAUGCUGUAAAUGCAAUUAAUGGGACAAUUAUCACUUAUGGCCAGACUGGAGCUGGGAAGACAUAUAGUAUGGAGGGGCCUAGUAUACAAGAACGUGAUGAACAUAAGAAGGGGCUUCUUCCGAGAGUUGUAGAAGGACUUUUUCAUUUCUUAAGAACUUCAGAUGAAGACAUGACAUACUCAGUUGAAUUGUCAAUGGUUGAAAUCUACAUGGAGAAAGUAAGGGACCUCUUUGAUUUAUCAAAAGACAAUAUAAAAAUUAAGGAGAGUAAACUAGAAGGAAUAAUUUUACCUGCUGUUACAAAGACCACUGUACUGGACCCUACUGAAGCAUUGCAAGCCCUAUCUAGGGGGAUAGCUAACCGGGCAGUUGGAGAGACCCAAAUGAACGUGUCCAGCAGCAGAAGUCAUUGUAUUUACAUAUUCAAUAUCAAGCAAGUAUUUUCCAGGGAGAAAAGGACGAGGUUCGGAAAACUAAUUCUAGUGGACUUGGCUGGGUCAGAGAAAGUGGAGAAAACAGGUGCUGAGGGAAGAGUUCUAGAUGAAGCUAAGACUAUAAACAAAUCCUUGUCUGCUCUGGGGAAUGUUGUAAAUUCUCUUACAUGUGGUCUGCAAGGAAAAGCAAGCCAUGUCCCUUAUCGUGAUUCCAAGCUCACUCGAAUUCUUCAGGAUGCACUUGGUGGAAGUGCUAGAACUGCGUUACUCUGUUGUUGCUCCCCCAGUGCUUUUAAUGCAUCAGAGAGUCUCUCCACUCUUCGUUUUGGUGCAAGGGCGAAACAUAUAAAGGCAUCACCUCGUCCCAAUUGCUAUGAAGAAAAGCGCGACUCAGGUUCCAGUGCUUCCUUUCCACCACCUCGUGUCAAUGGCAAUGAAGAUAAAUGCGACUCAGGUUCCAUUGCUUCCUCUCCACCAACUGACGAGUCAUCUGCUAGAAUUUUAGACAAGUUGAGGGAGAGGUUGAAUGUUGAAGAUGUGAAAUUACUAGAGGAACUUUUCAUACAAGAGGGCAUUCUCUUCGAUCCUUCAUCAGUUGAAGAGGAGUUAGAAAUAGAAGAUCUAACCUUGCAGACUAUAUCCUCUCUGCAAGAAGCCUUGGAAAAGCUAACAGUUACUGUUGAUGAGCUCAAAAGAGAGAACAGCAUUCUCAGGGCCAAAGUUGAUGCCUCCACGACCACGAAAUCUCUGUCCUACAAGGAAGCUAUGAUUUCAGGCAUCCUAUCUUUUUUCUCUAGCUGAUUGGGUCACAUUUCACCAAGACGAUGGAUGGAAUCAAGUCAUUAACUGUUCAUCCAUAUACCAUGCAUUACCGGCCUUUGUUAAAUACUACUUGUGGUACCUUAUAUGGUUACUAGUAUAACAUUAGCAUUUUUUCACCACAUGAUGGUGCUCUCUCAAGUUUUAGUUACCCUCACCACCCACCCUAGUGCUGUUUUCCAAGCGAAAGAAACACAUUAGCAUUUUUUUCUUAUCCCCCCUCUCCUGGACAAUUAUUAUACUAUAGUUUUUUUCUUUCUUUCUGUAAAUCUGAACAUUUUAGCGCGAGCUAGUCUAUCAUAAGAAAGAUUUGCACUCACUUGCGUUAGUAGUAAUGUAAUCAAUGUUGAGGGUGCACGAUUUAUCCAAGUCUGAUUCAUUUAAAUGUUUAUAAGCAUAACAUCGUUA